CAGUAAAAUUUACAGCUUCAUUCAUCCGCGGAGUCCACCUUCCAUUCGCCGUCGCCGUCACUCUCUUUCCCUCCGCCGGCGAAUUUUGUUUCUUCUCCUUCCUUUUCUAUAUAUCAACAGGUAAUUCUUCUUCAGGACUUCAAGUUUCUCCCAACUCUCCCUCUCCCUCUCCCUCUCCCCCCUCUCAUCUCUGUAUUCACUACUGAAAUUCCGCUCUGUAGAAAUGGCGGUCACGAUGAAGCUGAUGUCCCUGCUAGUCGCGGCGCUCGGCGCGCUUUCCUUCUUGUUCGGCGUCAUUGCCGAGAACAAGAAGCCGGCUGCCGGGAUUCCGAUCACAGGGAAGGGUGUGGUGAUCUGCAAGUACCCGGCGGAUGCGACGGUGGUUUUGGGAUUCCUGUCGGUCGCGUUUCUGAUUGCGUCGACGGUGGCUGGAUAUUUCUCCCUGUUUUACCCUUACAAGGGGAAGUCCGUCCCUCAAUCUGCCAUGUUCCGCAGCACCAGUUUUCUCAUCUUCUUCAACAUUGCCCUGUUCACUGGUGGUUUAGCUGCAGCAUUGCUGUUGUGGCCAACAAUCACGGAACAACUCCACCUGUCGCGCAACGUUCAUCACAACAUGGAGACUGCGUGCCCAACUGCUAAGACGGGUCUCCUGGGAGGUGGCGCAUUUGUCUCUCUUGAUUCGGCCCUCUUCUGGUUGGUUGCACUCAUGUUGGCUGCCAAUGUUCGAGAAGACUACUUCGAUGAAAUGGAAAGCAAGUUAGCCGUAGACGAUAGUGCAGCUGCUGAUUAUGUCGAACCAUCAGUGCUCAAGGGCUCUGCCUAGCGGCAGCCUUGGGGUAUCUGCUAGGGUUGAACUACUUUUAAGUUCGGAUAUACAUUCCAUAAGGCCUUCCAAAUUAUCAAUUCAUCGUCUUUGCGGGAGCAAGCGUAGAACAAUCUGGAGCUUGCUUAAUGUAAAUAUGGCUUGUGAUUGCUGGAAGAAGACUCUCAUUUACUCUAUUAAUUGGUAUGGUUGUUUGUGUAUAUUGUUAUAUAGAUCAUUUCUGGAUGGAACUAUGAGCUACGUAACUCAACCCAGCGCUUAUGGUUGCCAAAUGGUGUCCGUUCGAUGUUACCCAACCAUUCGGUUUUCAAUGGUUGACUCGGGACUCAGAAGGCAAAUUCCAGGUUGUAUCUACUCUAGUUUGCAAUGAAGAGUUUUGCCCAUU